GCCAGUGUCACUGGCGGUUGGACCGGCCCGACGCCCGGCCCAUCUGCCCCAAGCGGACCCCUUCCUGACGGGCAUCCUGCGAUCCGGCGGCCAAGCCAACUGGGCCAUCAUCACCUAUCCUCUUGGCCUGGAUGCACAGGGCCGCACACGCCGCGUCGCCGGCUCCGGGCAGCUUUUGGCUCCCCUGCCAACCGCAUCCCCCUCGGCCGAUGAGGACCCCUUCCACGCGAUCCCCAUCCAACUUCAUGGACUUCCGGAAUAUCCCAGCGCCCUGGUCGUCCUGCAUCCGGACUUCAUCGGCAUCAUGCUGCUUCACUGUCCCCCUCGGGGGCUUGCAUGCAGGCCCGGGCCUCGGCGAGUGCUCGCCUACCCGGACCCCAAUAUGUCCACCCAUUACCGGGCUCUGUCGGUGGUCCAGCUCCCCGCCUCGGAGCCCGCGUCCUCCAAUAGCCGGGGUCUGUCCGUGCCGCAGCUUCCGGCCUUGGAGCACCCGCCCGCUGGUCCCCCCCUGGCAGCCAGCUUGCUUGUCGUGGCGCCAUCCUCCUCGACCGGGGCAUUCCUGCUUCAGGUGUCUUCGGAUGACUGCCCGCUUGGCACCUAUGGCCCGGAGUGCCUGCCAUGCAGCGAAGACUGCCUGGCAUGCUCGGGGCCGGCCCCCGGCGAAUGCACCGCCCCUCGCUGUGCCCACUAUCUUCCCUCUGAUCCGCUCACCUGCCUGGCCGCAUGUCCGGCCGGUCUGCAUGCCGAUGCCAAUGGCGCCUGUGGCUGCCACGCCGAUUGUGCUGCUUGUCUUGCCACCCCGGCUGGCGAUGAGUUCCUUUGCACGGCCUGUCCCCCGGGCAUGGCGCUGGACACCACCGGCUCGUCGGCCGACCGGUGUGGUCCCUGCCAUGCAUCCUGCCAGCAAUGCUCGGCUCCCAACAGCCCGACCGCUUGUCUGGCCUGCUCCAACCCCAUGGCCCUUUGGCGCCCAAAUGGAACAUGCAGCACGGACAGCUGUCCGGCCGGCACUUGGCCCAAUCGCCCGGCCGGAGUGUGCGCCCCCUGCUCGGGAAACUGUGCGCACUGCGACGACGCUUCGCGCUGUGGCUCCUGUGCCGAGGGCUUCCUCCUGGAAUCCACCAUGGGCGUGUGCUUCGAGUGUGCGGAAAAUUGCGCCGCCUGUGCCCGGGCGCCGGACCGGUGCACCGCUUGCCCAUCCGGGCGGCUCCUGUUGCUGGACUCGGAAAAAUGCGUGACCACCUGUCCCCCGGGUACCUGGGUCGACUUGGUGCGAUCCGCCUGCUCCAAUUGCCAUUCCUCCUGCGCGGAAUGCGAGCACUCCGGCGAAGCCGGCGCCUGUACGGCCUGCCGCCCGGGCCAGGUGCUCCAUGUGACCGGGCACUGCGUGAAGGAGUGCCCCAAGGGCUUCCGACUGGAGGCGGGCGCUUGCAUCGCCUGCGAGCCCAACUGCGAGGAGUGCUCCGCUGCCGGGGCUUGUGACAAGUGCAAGUCCGAGCACUUCCAAGCCGACGACGGGUCCUGCUUCACGUGCCACUCCUCCUGCCGGACGUGCGCCCAGGCCGAUGCCUGUGCCACCUGCCGCUCGGGCAUGGUCUUCCUCCAAUCCGAUCCCAGCGUGGCCUCCCUGUGCGGCAGCACCUGCGCUCCGGGCGAGUAUAUUGGCACCGACCGGUGCACCCCCUGCGCCGAGGCAUGUGCCAUGUGUGCUGGACCCGGGGCAGGCGCUUGUCAGGUGUGUGCCACCGGGUACCGGUGGGCCGAGGCCGCGCCGGCCAACAACAAGACCGGCACCUGUGUCGAAUGCCCGCCUGGCUGCACUUCAUGCAAUCAGGACAACGAGUGCCUGGAAUGUGCCACCGGGCUAUUCCUCGAUCGCGAAGGCAACUGCUCGGCCGCAUGCCAGCCGGGACACUAUCCGACGGUGGAAUCGUGCCAGCCGUGUGAUGUGUCCUGCGCCGAGUGCGCCGGUCCGAGUGCCAGCGACUGUACCAUCUGCGCCGAGGGCCUGGACCUGGUCGUGUCCGGCAAUUCCAUCGGGACCUGCUCCUCCGGCUGUCCCGAGGGCCAGUAUCGCGAUUCGACCACCGCCAGCUGUCGCCCCUGCCAUGAGGCAUGUGUCUCAUGUGGUGGCCCAAGCGAGCGGGAUUGUUGGCGAUGCCGCGAUGCCCUGCUCCAAGGGGACCAAUGCCUCGAGGCAUGCCUGCCCGGGCAUGUGGCCUUGGAUGACCGAUGCAUGGCCUGCCAUGCCUCUUGCAGCAUGUGCACCGGGGUCCGGAGCACGGAUUGCAUCGGCUGCCCGGGCGGGCUGCUGCGCUUCCCGGCCGGCGAGUCUCCCUCGCGCUGCGUGUCCUCCUGUCCCAUUGGCCAUGGGAUCUUCGACGGGGGGUGCACCAAGUGCGGGGACCGUUGUGCCAGCUGCCCCGGCUCCUCGGCCGAGUGUGCCCAGUGCGAACGUGGGGCCCUGCUCUUCCAGGCCGAAUGCCGGGACUCCUGCCCGCCUGGCACCCUGGCCGUCGGGGGGGUUUGCUCCGAGUGUCAUCAUUCCUGCGACUCGUGCUUCGGCACCGGGGACAACCAUUGUCUCACCUGCAAGGAAAGCUCCCCCAUGCAGAUGGAUGGCGUUUGCCAUGCCACCUGCCCGGAGGGCACCUACCCCAGUGCCAAUGUGUGCAUUCCCUGUCACCACACGUGUGCCAGCUGCUCGGGGCCCAAUCCCAACAUGUGUACGGCCUGCCAUUCGGACAGGCUCCUUGGCCUGGACCAAACAUGCAUCGAAGCCUGCCCCAGUGGCCAGUACGUGAAGGAUGCCCCGGCCACCGGCCCCUCAUGUCAGAUGUGUUCCGGCGAGUGCCGGCAAUGCAACGGGCCCCAGCCCGAUGAUUGCACCGCCUGCCCGGAGGGCUAUUUCCUGGAGGGGGGCCGCUGUGUGGGCACCUGCUCGCCGCGGUACUUUGCCUGCACUCCGGAGAACAUGUGCGUCGCCUGCCCGGCCGAUUGCACCGGCUGCGUGCAUACCUUCGACUCGAGUGCCCCGUGCGCCGUCCGGUGCACCAGCUGCGAGGAGGGCUUCCUCCUCUCAGCCGCGACCGAGCUCUGUGUGGCUGCCUGUCCGGCGGGGGAGUUCCCCGACUUGCAGGCAGCCGCCCCCCCGACCAAGUGCACCUCCUGCGAUGCCAGCUGCGGCACCUGCCAUGAUCGCCCGGCCAAGUGCACCUCCUGCGCCAAUUCCUCUCGCUGGCUGCGUGCCACCACGGGCGAGUGCUCGACCAUCUGCCCGGGGCUUCGCUUUGCCGAGUCCCCCGUCGAGCGCGUCUGCCUCGCCUGUCCGGAGCAUUGCCUUCAAUGCGCGGCCGGGCCCGACACCGCGCGGUGUACCCUCGCCGCUGACGGUCAGCUGAACUGCCCGACCGUCGACUCCUGCACGCACUGCGCCCCGGGCUACUUCCUCCUCGACGGCCAAUCGUGUGUUUCCAAAUGCCCGGUCGGCUUCUUCGAUGAUUGGGACUCCUCGCCGCAUGUCUGCGGCGUAUGCCACGCCAGUUGUCCCAUUUGCACCGGCCCGAACAAGAGCGACUGCUUUGGCCCGGGCUCGGGUGGAUCUUCGAACAACCGCCGCCUCGCCCUCGGCCUGGGCAUUGGGCUGGGGCUGCUAUUCCUGCUGUUGCUCCUGGCCCUGGCGCUUUUCUUGCUGCUUCGCUCCCGCAAGACCCACAGCAUGAAGGAUCCGUACUCCUCGUCGGAUGAGGACUGCACGGUCCUCAACACGAUUGUUGAGCUCUCCCUGCCCGGUGCCAUCCAAGUGAACCUGGCCGCGGAUUUUGUUCCCAUCAAUGAAACCCUCGGGACUGGCGCCCAAGCGACCGUCUUCGUCGCUCGCGCGGUCGGCGCCGGUAUCUCCACGCGCCUUGGCUGCCCGGACACCGUUGCCAUCAAGCAGCUGAAGGCCGCCAAGAUCAAACCCCGACACAUGGCCCUCUUCCAAAAUGAGAUUGCCCUCAUGUGGCUCCUGCGCGACCACGAGAACAUCGCACAGCUGUAUGGAUAUAGCGAAGCUCCGCCGGCCAUCGUCAUGGAGCGCUUCGACACGGAUCUCGGCACGUUGCUGCAUUCGGAGGUCGGCCUGUCGCUGCAUGCUCGACUGGACCUUGUCCAACAGUGGGUUCUCGGGCUGGAGGCCAUGCACGCCAACGGCGUGGCCCAUUGCGACCUGAAGCCGGCCAAUGUCUUUGUCAGCCAGAGGCCGGACGGCUCCUGGCGGGCGGCGCUCGGGGAUCUCGGGACCAGCCGCAACCUGAAUGGCGACCGCGCAUCGGCCCUGAUGGCCGAAGCGCCGGAGCUCAAUGCCAUGAGUGCGCGCUAUGCCGGCCCCGAGGUGCUAGUCGCCUUCUCACGUCGGACUUCGGUCGAGGCGCCCCUCUACAUGCCGGCCGACAUGUAUGCUGCGGCCAUCAUGCUCUGGGAAUGCCUCUCUCGAGCCCUCCCCUGGGAGGGCUGCUCCUUUGACCAGAUCCUCGAAAGUGUCACCGCCGGCCGGCGCCCGGAGAUGAGCCCGGCUUCGGACCCGGUGGCCCGGGCAAGCCCGGCCUUUGCCCAGCGCCUGCGCGAUCUGCUGCCCCAGCUGUGGGCGCACGAUGCCCACACUCGGCCUCCGGCUUCGAGUCUUCGCCAAUCGGUCGCCGACCUGGUGGCCAUGCUCCCGAAUGCGCGGUCCUGA